UUCAAAACUUUUGUCUAUCUCUAAGAAAAGUAUUAGUGAGAACGCCUUUUUAAAUCACUCGAUGACAACUGGAAAGAUUGGUUUGCCAUUAGACGACAAACAACAAUUUCUUAAAAACCCAAGAGGGACUGUGGCGCUUUUUUUCGGCAGCUACACAGUUAGCAGUAUCCCAUCAGUCCAGCGGCUCGUUGAAGCUCACCCUGGAGAGGAAUUCCUCACAGAAACACCACAAUCACAAUCUGGACUUCAGAUUGAGUCAUACUUAAAGAAGAGAGAUGGCACGGUUAAACCAACAACUCUGAAACACCAUGAUCAGAGCAGUCAUUCAGUUGUAGGCGUGAAUCAAACCUCGUUCAUGUCAAUUUCGCUCAAGAUUGUUUCAAGCCCAAUUCACACUACUGUUUCCCCUGUUGCUCUCUUAAAUACAGAGUCUAAAAGACAUUUGACCUUCUCUGCUUCACCGUCAGUAUCUAUUGAGCGAACAAUGACAAAGAUAAUUGGACUUGACAACCACAAAGAUUCACUUCAUAUGUUUGUAAAUUUAUCAGAUGUUAAAUUGCAUCCUCGGAACAUGACAUCCAGCCCGAUUUCUGGCAUCAGCAGGCACACAACAGCUGCAGCACGACCAGAAGAGGCCUUAAACACAUCACCCCUUGAAUCAUUCACUGGAACAACUUCACCAACUUUCCCUUUGCAUCUUAUUCAAAUGCAGAAUGUGUUGCAUAAAGAGCAUGUGACCUUAACUGAAAACCAGACUGAAUUUUUCUCAACAGUAAAUGAGCAUUCACGAACGACACAAUCAAACUUUCAUUCUGACGAAAUGUCCAGUUCAGGCGCAACAGAAGAUGUACAAAAACACCUUGGGCGGACUGCGCUGUCUGCUGUUACUGGGGAAAAGUUCUCUCCUAUUGUCCACACGGAUUUGAGUUUCUCAAGUACAGAGACACAAUCGCUCCCCAAAGGUUCAUUACAGUCCAGGGAAGGGAGUGAAGAUAUUUCACAUGGCACCACUCCAUUUGCUGAAAGUGACUCAGGGGUAUCUGCUGGGUUUGUGUCAGACCUGCCGGUGAUAAACAGGAAGAGGAGGAUUAUAUCACCCGAUUCUCUCAGCGGUCUGGCGCAAAUCUCAUGAUAUCUGCGGCACUGGCAACUACACAGCA